AUGGUAUUCUCCAACUUCGUCACCCUGAUUGCAGGGCUUUGUAUCUCGGCUGGCAUCAAAUCGGCAGUCAACAAAGAAGUGUCAUCAGAUGGAUGUCGGAAAGCCUUUCCGAGUGGUCGGCAAACUGGGCGGGAAUACUUGAUUCCUUACACAGAUGAUCAAGGUCAUGACCGAGACUAUUUACUUUUUAUUCCGCCACAAUACUCCAAGAAGAACCCUAAUCCUGUUAUCUUCUCAUAUCAUGGAGGAAACAAAACACCCGAAGAGCAGAGAGACCUGGAUCUUUUCGAGACGCCUGAGUUCAACACCGAUCAUAUUGUAGUGUAUCUUCGAGGCUACCAGAAACGAUGGGAAGGGGUUCCCAACAUCACAAAGAGAAACGACAUUCUCUACACGCAAACGGUUUUGAAUGACCUGGAAUCUACUUACUGCAUCGAUAAAUCGCGAAUCUUCAUGACAGGCAAAUCCGAGGGCGGUGGCUUCGCCAACUUUGCUGCUUGCCAUAAGGGACUGUCAACCCGCUUCGCCGCUUUCGCACCUGUUUCUGGCUCAUUCUACAUUGAAAAUGUGGAAAAUUGCGAUCCUAACACGGUGGAGAUCCCUUGCACACCGGGUCGACCAAGCACAUCCAUCCCAAUCAUCGAGUUCCAUGGGGGGAUAGACACCAUCAUUUCGUACAACGGGUCCAGCGAUCGACGAGGUGCCUGCUUGCCGAAUAUUUUUCACUGGGCGACGUCAUGGGCACUUCGUGAUAAUCUUAGUGGACAGGCCGCUGAGACUAGCAUUACUACCCGGGCAAAGCGUUAUCAAUGGGGUUCAGGGAAUCAACUAGGGCUUGUGUCUCAUAUUUUCGAGCAAGAUGUGAAUCACAGUUGGCCCUACACUGGUAAAAACUCUGACAACAAGGCACACAAGGACGGGCCGGCAUCAUACAAUGCCUCGCAGUACAUUGUCGACUUUUUUCGCAAACACCGUCUUCCCGUGUGA